UAUAUAUUGAAUGAAGAUACGCAAGGUUAGGCAGUAUAGCUACAGCGCUGGCUGUAUGCGGACGUCCGUUGCCGCCCUAUAUUAAAAAUAUCGCACUACGAUUUUGUGUUAUCUGUGAUUGACGUCCCGCGCUUUUUUCGCGAAUGUGACAUUUUGACAGUUGAUGCAAAAAGAAUAUUCCCCAUUUCAAAAAUUCCAAAAUGGAGUCCUGCUCGAAAAUGACAGAUGACGUUUUUGACAGAUACCUACACAGCGACUGUCAAAAUGGUUUAACGAAGCAACAUGUCAAAGAAACGAUUGUAUCGUAUUUAAACUUCACAUUUGCGUUUACUUUGACAGUUUUCGAAUUAAUAUAUGACUAUAGUUCAUAUAUUUUAAUGGCUGUCGCUUUGUAUUACUUCUUGUUGAUUUUAUAUAGGAGUUAUGUCAAUCCUAUUAUAUUUAAGAAGGAAUUCACAGAGAUCGGCUUCGAGCACAUCCCCCCGGGUCCGGACAGGGAUAGGAUCAUAUCCAGGGCCCAGACUGCCAAGAAAAUAGGCAGCAAGACUCCCCCACCAUACCCUAAUGGUUGGUUUGCAGUCGCCGAGAGCAGGGAACUAAAGAAUGGCAGCGUCGUUUCAGUUGAUGCACUCGGCCAAAACCUCUGCAUCUACCGCGGAGAGGACGGCGUGGCGCGCUGCGUGGACGCCUACUGCCCCCACUUGGGAGCCAACCUGGGCAUAGCAGGCACCGUCAGCGGGUCCUGCAUCGAGUGCCCCUUCCACAAGUGGCGGUUUGGGGAGAACGGGGCCUGCGUCAGUGUGCCUGGAGUUGAACAUGCACCAAAAGGAGUGUCCAUAAAACAUUGGAAGACAGUUGAAAGAGACGGUGCAGUGUGGGUCUGGUAUGAUGCUGAGGGCAGAGAACCACUGUGGAUAGUUCCAGAGCUGCCUGAACUCAAGAGUUGGGGCUAUCGGGGAAGGAACGAAUAUGUUGUCAGCGCUCAUAUACAAGAAAUUCCAGAGAAUGGUGCUGAUGUUGCCCAUUUGAACGCGGUACACACUAUGUCACUGCUGUCUGGCUUAGGAGAGAAAUAUCCACUGCUGAAUGAUUUGAUAGGAUGCCAUGUCUGGUCGGCUACGUGGGCGAGGAAUGAGGAUCACACAGCAUCAAUGACGUUGACACACGACUACAAAAUCAUGAAGUGUGACCUGGGGCAUGUCGAUGUUAAAGUUACACAGAUUGGACCAGGCCACGUCCGCCUAUUCCUAAGCACCCCAGUGGGACCUAUAUUAGUCUCCCAGUCUGUCACUCCGAUAGCACCUAACUUACAAAAAGUAAUACAUCGCAUGUUUUCUCCUACUUACAACGCCCCCUUCGCUGCGUUGUCCGUUAAGGCAGAAGGCGCUAUGUUUGAACGAGACAUCGUAAUAUGGAACAGCAAGCGCUUCGUCUCAGCACCGGCUUACGUCAAAACUGACAAGACCAUCAGAGCCUUCAGAAAUUGGUUUGCACAAUUCUACAGUGAAAACAGCAUACCUUUCAGAGAAGCCAUUAAUAAUCCUUUAGACUGGUGAUUUUCUAUACUAUGUACGUUUUAACAUGUCUUUUUUAGACUAGUAAAUGAAUUGGCGUGUUAUAUUGAUGGUUGAGGGCGCUAGUGAGUAGAGUGAGUGAGAGUAAUAAAGUUUUAUGCUGGGGCCACACUAAUGGAAUAUGCCAUUUGAUUAUGGCGAUAAUUGAUGUUUGUACGAACAUUUUUUUUUACUUUAUUUAUUAUUUACACAAAACAAUAAUACAAUAAAUAACAAAUAGCAACCAAAAAACCACUAAGGUUUAGAACCGUGCUAUGGAAUCUGGCUUAAAUGUUGCAAUAUGGAGGUAGGUACAAUAAUUUUGCUUAAAUAGUACUUUAAAGUUCAUAAUCGUUCAUUUGUUUUCAAAUCAAUGGCAUAUUCCAUUAGUGUGACCCCAGCAUUAAGAAUUGCUUAGGAGUCAGGGGCGUAGCUAGAGCCGUAUCUGCUGUAUCAAUUAUACGGGAGCCCCAGUCCACAGACGCCCCAAACAUAAGCUCCCUGUUAAUGUAAGGUUGAGGCUUGAGAGACCUUCUUUUCUUUUUCUUUUUUUAUAAAACGUUGCCCCGCAUUAGGAUUUUCUCCUGUAUCGUGUGUGCGUUUACAAACAUACAAGUUUACAUGCACAUGACACCCAGACCCGAAACAACAAUUUGGGGAACAAAUAAAGAGUUGCUCCGUGCGGGAAUCGAACCCGCUACAGUGCAGUCAACAGACACAGUCACAAGACAGGAUGGGAAAAGUAACUACAUGAUUUUCUCCCACCUAAAAGGGGGCCCCAAAUAAACAUUUAUACGGGGCCCCGCAAAAACACGCUACGCCACUGUAAAGAAUGGAAUUAUGAGAUCGAAUGAGAAGAUUAAAAAGAAUAUAAUUAUAUGUAAAGUAGAAUACCUAUACUUUUCUUUGCAAUAAGCGUUUCGCUUCAUGCUUCCUUGUGCGAACUGCUAGGGAGUGGAACUCCUUGCCGGAGUCUGUGUUUCCUGUUGCUUAUAACCUGGGUGUCUUCAAAGCCCGAGUGAAUAGGUUGCUUAUGGGCAGACGUGCUCCAUCGUAGGCCGCAUCAUCACUUACCAUUAGGCGAGAUAGCGGCCAAACGUUGACCAAAAUGUAAAAAAGGUUGAUUUGAUAAAAUGUUGCCAUAGGACAAAUAAUAUAGCUAAAAUUAUUGAAUGAGUAAAAAGAUAGUCUUGACUAUGAUUACAACGAAAUUCAGUUGCUGAGUUGCGAAUUUCUAUAACGCAUUUUCAACCUUAUAACUCUUAGUAAUACAGUCACAAAUCAAUUAUUGUGAUUUGUAAUUUAACGACCAAUUUCCUUUGUAAGCAACAUCGAGACCUUUGUAUAUGCUUAAUGGUUGAGACUCAGAGAAAAAUGGCACGGACCACUAGCGCCACCUACUAUUAGUAACCGACAACUGUCAAAAAAGAAUAGUUGACUAGCCAGUGAUGUCAAUUUUAAGUAGCACUUUACAUGUCAUAAACUAAUAACUGUCAUACUCAGAGACAAACGACCGAAUACUCAAUUUUAAGUUGUACUUAAAUAUCGUGCUAUCUCUGUCAUUUUAUAAAGAACUAGCUACUACCGCGCGGUUUCACCCGCUCUGCUUGGCUCCUAUUGGUCAUAGCGUGAUGUUUUAUAGUCUAUAACCUUCCUCGACAAAUGCACUAUCUAACAUAAAAAGAAUUAUUCAAUUCGGACCAGUAGUUUCAAAGAUUAGCGCGUUCAAACAAACAAACAAACAAACUCUUCAGCUUUAUAAUAUUAGUAUAGAUUGAUAGUCCAGAACUACAUUUGAGAGCGUCUUAAAAUUGAGUAGCGUUUGAGUAUUCAGUUCAUAUCUGAAGUAAAAUACGUCGAGCGUAUCAUCGGUCGUACUGACGUAUCAUCGGUCGUACUGACGUAUCAUCGGUUGAGAGUGAACGGCCAAUUGUUUUUCUAUACAUUUGUCUGUUCUGGCGUUACGCGACCGAUGAUACGCGACGCAUGUUCCGUCAGAUAUGAACCGACAAUCAACGAUUAUUUAAACUAUUCCUUAGUAACGAUUUGGUUCCAAAAACAAUUGCUAAGGACCGUAUUAAGUAACCAUUAAAUGACUCUGAGUACGGUAAAACUAAUAUUAAUGAAUUAAUGAGUGAAAAUUACAAAAUAUUGUAGAUAGGAAUAGUAAAAUAAUAUAUCUGUUAACUAAAGAUGACUUUUAAAUUGUUCAAUUUAUCUAAUUAUUACAAACAUUGUGUUUAGAAAAAUAUGUACUUUUGAGUCGAAAUAGUGAUUUUUAGAAUAGUUUAUUGUUUAAGAACAAUUUAAUUUAUCUAAACUUUAUUAUAACUUUCGUGAGACAUACUUAAUUAAUUAUUAUGUUAUCGGCUUACUCACGUAACUGUUUGACGAGGAACUCGACUAGUUUCAAGCCAUGCUAG